AUCUUGGGAGGGGCUGGUUUGUUGACAGGAAGCGUGUGCAUCAGGACACUUCCACAAACUGCUGUGACACAAGUAAAGUCCAAGAUAUCGCUUUCGUUUCGUCCAAGCAGGUGUGCGCACAUAAAGUAUGCGUUUUUAUAGCGAGUCGCAGCAAACAUGCAAUGGCGGUCAAUAGUAGUCGGUCUGGUCCUGUUGAGACUGUCUGUCAGCUUAUGGCUCGCCUUCGGACUCGGAGCUUACGUUAGCUUGGUCACCAGCCAGACCGACGGCGGCGCCGAGGAGCCCUCGACCGGAGAGAGGAAAGGGAACGACUCGUGGUCCAAACGGAUAAGCGGCUACAAACAUGAGGAGACCACCGGGACCUGUGCCGUGGUGGCGGGCGAGUCUCCGAAGAGGCCCUACAUGAGCUUCUUCGACGGCAACAAGGAUGAUUACGUCCGCAGAUACAGCUCCUUCCCGCGAACCCUGAAAAUCACCAUGAAGGAGAAGGCCAGAGAAAUGUUCUACUUCGGGUAUGACAACUACAUGAAAUAUGCCUUCCCCAAAGACGAACUCAACCCAAUUGACUGCGAGGGCAGGGGUCCUGACGUCCACAACCCCUCUAACAUCAACAUCAAUGACGUUCUGGGAAACUACUCGCUAACGCUCAUUGAUGCCUUAGACACCCUACUGGUGCUUGGAAAUGUCACAGAGUUCCAGCGGGCCGUCCAGCUGGUUAUCGACACCGUAUCUUUUGACAAGGAUUCAACGGUGCAGGUUUUUGAGGCCAACAUCAGGAUUUUAGGCAGUCUCAUCUCGGCUCACAUUCUGCUCACGGAUUCCAAGCAUCCAUUUGGAAGGGUGAAGUUUGAGGACUAUGACAACCAGCUGCUGCGUUUGGCACACGACCUGGCCGUGCGUCUGUUGCCCGCCUUUGAGAACACCAGCACAGGCAUCCCUUACCCCAGGGUGAAUCUAAAAUCCGGAGUCCCUUCCGGCAGUAUUAACGAGACGUGUACUGCAGGAGCUGGAUCGCUGCUUGUAGAGUUUGGAAUUCUGAGCCGGUUGACAGGAGAUUUCACAUUUGAAGCAAUGGCUCGACAAGCUGUCAGAGCCCUCUGGAAGCUGAGGAACAACAAAACUGGUCUGCUAGGCAACAUUGUCAACAUCCAAACGGGCCACUGGGUGGGGAAGCAGAGCGGUCUGGGCGCGGGUAUGGACUCCUUUUAUGAGUAUCUGCUCAAGUCUUACAUCCUGUUCGGUGAGGAGGAGGACUACACCAUGUUUCAAGCUGCUUAUGCGAGCAUCCAGAACCACUUGAGGCGAGGGCGAGAAUCAUGCAACGAAGGAGAAGGUGACCCGCCCAUGUACGUCAACGUCAACAUGAUGAGCGGCAAGAUCAUGAACACGUGGAUUGACUCCCUGCAGGCCUUCUUUCCCGGGCUGCAGGUGCUAAAUGGUGAUGUGGAAAACGCCAUUUGCCUCCAUGCCUUCUAUUAUGCCAUCUGGAAGCGAUUUGGGGCUUUGCCAGAGAGGUACAACUGGCAGCGGCAAGCUCCCGAUGUCCUUUUUUACCCGCUCAGACCUGAGCUGGUGGAGUCCACCUAUUUGCUCUACCAGGCGACCAAAAAUCCUUUCUACUUACACGUUGGAAUGGACAUUCUGCAGAGCCUUGAAAAAAAUACCAAAGUCAGAUGCGGCUAUGCCACCCUCCAUCACGUUGUUCACAAAUCCAAAGAGGAUCGCAUGGAGAGUUUCUUCCUCAGCGAGACCUGCAAAUACCUUUAUCUGCUGUUUGAUGAGGACAACCCACUACACAAAUCGAGUAACAAAUACAUCUUCACCACCGAGGGUCACUUGAUGCCCGUCGACAAGCGUUUCCGGGAGAAAGGAUCGAGCGGCAAGUGUCUGCGUGAAGUCGACGAGCCGUUGCAGACGAGGACAACUGAGCAACCCUCUCAGAACACCAGUAACUGCAUCCGCAUUCCCGAGGCACGACGCUAUACGCUGCCCUUGAAGAGCGUCUACAUGAGGCAGAUCGAUCAAAUGGUAGGGCUGCUCUGAGUCCUAUUUGCCCAGGUGCACUAAAAAUAACACGAGAAUGGAGAGCUUUCCACAGGAACAUGAUUUCAUUUUUUUUUCCUAGUUUCAUUCUGUCAGUCACUUAUGGAGUGUUUCGAGAGAGUGUGUGUGUGUGUGUGUGUGUGUGUGUGCGCACACCUCUUCUAACACAUGAAGCAUUCAGUGCCUGUUUGGACUUUACCACAAGUGCUGUAUCCCCAUUUUAAAUUGUGCGCGCUUCUGUUGUCGAGUCUUGCUUUUUCUUUUCUUGGGUACAAUAAUGUACAGAAUCAAAUGCAAGCAUAUGCAUUUUGACCACUGUUUUAGAAGUGCCUUCAGUCAUUUUUUUGUGUGUUAUUCCGCAAGAAACAACCCACAAAUGUUUACAACUAAUUCAAGCCAUUGAUUUUUAUGUGGACAUUUUCUAACAUGCUUUUUUUCCUGAUUUCCGAGGACUAUUGUAAUUGCUUCAUACCUGCUAUAAUUGUCUCAGGGUGUAAAGAAGAACAAAUUGAUGAACAAUCUCAGAAAAUGAUGUCUUAGUUAUUGCCUCUAAGGCCAUGAGGUAUUAUUAUUAUUUUUCAUUUUAAGUGGCACAUUUUCAUGUGUUUAUUUGCCAAGUAAACUUGCUGCACAGGAACCAGA